AUGAGAAAAGGAAACACUUUACGUAAGGAACACAGAGCCCAAGCUGAGUGCCCUUCCUUAUUGCCGAAGGAAGGUCCUCAAGAGGAGGAUUCUCAUUGUGGCAUUCAUUUGCGAAUUACUCCAUCACAUGUUGAUAAAGCAGAAGAAUCCAUUAGAACAUGGUAUCCAAAGCAAAACACUGCCAUUAGGGAAAAAAGUGUUGAGAAUUCUGAAUAUUUGUCCGCUCUACUGAAGCAGAGGAAUAUCCCCCACAACGUCCUCAACGCACGGCCAAAGUAUGCUGCUAGGGAAGCUGAAAUUGUUGCCCAAGCAGGGCGAAAAUAUGCAAUCACCUUAUCUACAAAUAUGGCAGGCAGGGGCACUGACAUAAUCCUGGGAGGAAAUCCGAAGAUGCUUGCAAAAGAAGUAAUAGAAGACAGCUUGCUUUCAUUUCUUACUCGAGAUGCUCCUGAUGUUGAAAUUGAUGGGGUGCCAGUCUCACAAAAGGUAUUAUCAAAGAUAAAGGUUGGACCAUCAUCACUAGCUUUGCUAGCCAAGACAGCUCUGAUGGUUAAAUAUGUCAGCAAAAGUGAGGGAAAGAGAUGGACAUAUAAGGAGGCAAAAUCUAUGAUCUCGGAGUCUGUGGAAAUGAGUCAGUCGAUGGACUUGAAAGAGCUAGAGAGGCUUGUUGAUGAACAGUCAGAGAUGUACCCUCUAGGGCCUUCCAUAGCACUUGCUUAUCUGUCAGUUUUAAAGGAUUGUGAGAUUCAUUGUUUCAAUGAAGGUUUAGAAGUGAAAAGGCUUGGGGGCCUUCAUGUGAUUGGGACAUCUUUACAUGAGUCUCGGAGAAUUGACAAUCAGCUUCGUGGCAGAGCAGGCAGGCAAGGGGAUAAUGGAUCAACCCGGUUUAUGGUGAGCUUGCAGGAUGAGAUGUUUCGGAAAUUUAAUUUUGACACUGAGUGGGCUGUGAAACUUAUUUCAAGGAUAACAAAUGAUGAGGAUAUGCCGAUCGAAGGUGGUGCAAUUGUUAAACAGCUUCUGUCCCUGCAAAUCAGCGCCGAGAAAUACUUUUUUAACAUAAGAAAGAGUCUCGUAGAGUUUGAUGAAGUGUUAGAGGUGCAAAGAAAGCAUGUCUAUGAUCUUCGUCAAUUGAUUUUAACUGGUGAUUCUGGAAGUUGUUCACAGCACAUAUUCCAGUACAUGCAAGCAGUGGUAGAUGAAAUCGUUUUUGGAAAUGUUGAUUCAGCAAAGCAUCCAAGCAGAUGGAGUUUGGGUAAGCUGUUGAAGGAGUUCAAUGGAAUUGCAGGGAAGGCAUUGGAUGACUCAUUUACACGGAUUACGGAGGAAGCCUUGCUGCAAUCACUUGCACUAGUUCAUGACUCGAAUUCUUUAAAUAUCAAUGGGGUUCACCUUCCCAAUUUGCCCACACCUCCAAAUGCCUUCAGAGGUAUUCGCAGGAAGAGCUCUUCAUUGAAACGCUGGCUUGACAUAUGCUCCGAUGAUUCAGCAAAAGAUGGAAGAUACCGAACAGCUGCUAAUCUUCUCCGCAAAUACCUUGGAGAUACUUUGAUUGCUUCAUAUUUGGAUAUCGUGCAAGAAUCUGGUUAUGAUGAUGCAUAUAUCAAGGAAAUAGAGAGGGCAGUUCUUGUGAAGACUCUAGAUUGCUUCUGGAGGGAUCAUCUUGUAAACAUGAACAGGCUCAGUUCAGCGGUGAAUGUAAGGAGUUUUGGGCACAGGAAUCCACUUGAGGAAUACAAAAUUGAUGGAUGUCGAUUUUUCAUCUCAAUGCUCAGUGCAACACGGAGAUUAACUGUGGAAUCUCUCGUGCGUUAUUGGUCAUCUCCAAUGGAGUCCCACGAAUUAUAUGUAUCAUAG